UCGUAGUCGCGGUGUCGAGUUCAGAGUCAGUCAGUCAGUAUUGUCGAGCGUAAUUGGUUGCGUUUUUCUGAAUCACCGAAAUAAUAAUAGUACAUACACAGCAAACACAGUCUUUAGCCAUUGGCAGUAGCAACAGCAGCAGCAGUGGCAACUGCAGUGCAUUACCAGCAGCAGUAGCAGUAGCAGUGUGCAAUUGCAAUAUAUAUAUCGUUUACAAGAUCCCAGGGGAAGAGAAGAGGAGCGAGACCGUUUUCGCAGAACACGACUUCGAACGCGGCAGGAUAAGCGAAACAAAAAAUAAACGGAACGAAGAAGUUUAGCGAGAUACAUAACGUUUGGUCUAUUUUGUCUAAUCUUUGCCAAUCCACAGUAACGAUCCGCGUAGUCUUCUGCUGGUGGUUCUGCUACGACGCAAACACGACGCAAUCGCUGAGAAGUGGGAUAAUUAGGAUUUUGUACGGUUAAUUCGGAACGUGAGAGAGUGUUCGUGGUAUAGAAACGGGUUCGAGGAAAUUGUCUAUUGAAUUUUUCGGAUCCGGCUGAUCGAUUACGCUAGUGGCAGAUUGAAAAGAAGAAGCAAAAAUCGAUUUUCUGAGGCCAAACAACAACAAUAAGAAUCUGCGCUCGGAAACACGCUGGCGAAUUCCAUCGAAAAGGGAAUCAACCGCGAAUCAACCAGCUGGAUCAAUCGAUCGAUCGAGUUCCCUGUUGUUGCCAUUGAGCAGAACUACGCGAACGGGUUUCCAGAAGCCGCGGUUCAAGUGACAAUUCUCAGUUCAGUUGUUUUCGUUUUCGUCCAUCCAUAAUUCAUCUGUUGACCAGAUUUCAAGUGAUUUGCCUCCAAAGUGACUAAACGGUGCGUCGUGGAGCAUCAGCCGGACAGUUUCCUUGGUGCGGGUGCGAGUGUGGGCGCCAGUGUCAGCCAGUGUAGGACGAAAUUCGAGACCUUUCGCUCUUCCUCGCGCAGCGAAUAGAGCAUAUUUGACUACAAUUUUCGUGAAUGUUCGUGACUGUUGUCGGUCGCACGCAAAGAAAAUUCUUUCGGUGAGUCGGGAAAUAGUAAUAAAAAAAAGAGAAAAACAAGUGAAUUCGAAAGUUUCCAUCUUUUGCUUCGUACCGCAGUACAAGUGAUAACAAUUCGAAUCCAUUAGCUGGAGAGCGGGUUGGCCUGUGUGUUGCUUUUCCAAAACCACCGAAAAAAAAGGAAGCAAUCCACCGCCAAGGAAAAAUAAAUAUCGAGCUUUUCGAAAUUUCGGUUCGGGUAAAAGAAGAAAACCAGAAGGCAAAAGAAGAAAGCAUACGGUUUUUUUUUUCGGUAUGUACAAAUAUAUCGAUGUGCUCGGAGAGGUAAAUACGUAAUUAGUACAACGCGAGGAGCUCCGUUUUCUUUGGCUUCUUUUCCGUUGAUUUUGGUUUCUUCUCUCGGUUCACAAUAAAAACGUAGUCACCGUUGACGUCCCUGACACGUUGCCGCGCCUCCGUCGUCGUCCGACGCGCCUGCUGAGUGAGUGAGAAGAAGUGAGGUCGCUCGGAAGCAGAAGAGCACCGAAGAAAACAUCAGUUCGAUCGAAAAGAAAAAUUGUAGCGAAGAAGAGCAGAAAUAUAAUACAACAAAAAAGCAGUUUAUAUCAAUAACAUCGGAGGUUUGUGUGUGCCAAGCGCGGAGCCUAACAAGCGCCCAUCGAACAGCCUCUGCUUUGUGUGUUACUUCUGUUAUUCAAUUUUUUUCCCUGUGGAUCGGAUAAACGAAAAUUUGUUUUCAUGAUAUCUGCUUGGAUAAAUCCCUAUAAUGAGAAGGUAUGUGCGUCAGUGUACUUACAAUUAUCGUACUGAGUGAUACUUGGAAAUAACAACGCCGGUUUUGGAGAAGUGUGGAACUCUGAACGUUCCCGACUCCCACAACCAGCGGAUCAUGGACGGCUAUCAUGUGCAAGCUCAGGACAGCAAUGGCACCUACUACCAUCACAAUGGCACCUACCAGAAGCACAGCCAACAGUCACUUCAAUAUCAUCAACAGCAACAUCAACAGCAACAGCAGCAUCACCAGCUAGCACCACAGUUGUAUUCGAGCCACAAUCAUCAGCAUCACAACAACAACAACAACAACAGCAACAACAAUCAGAGCAACAGCGUUGCUGGCGGUUACACGACUCUGAGCUAUGCUCACUCGGAUGCUGGCUUCGUAUCGCCACCACCGUCACCACGUUCCAACAGUUCGCUAGUUUCCUGUGCCUCCUCUUCCUACUCGUCGGCUUCGUCCUCGGUUUCUUCGUCUUCUUCAUCGGCCGUAUCGUCGGCAGCGUCCACUUCUUCCGGUCUGUCGUCGGCUGGAUCGGAGAAUGGAUCAUCCUACGAAAAUUUGGACAACUCAGCCCAACGGCUAGCGGUGCUGUCGUUCGAGCAGGUCAAGAAGCUUAACGACGUAAUGAACGAACCCGUUGCCAUCCAUGGCCGUGGGAACUUUCCGACCCUGGAGGUUAGGCUGAGGGAUCUGGUAAACAUGGUACGUGGCAAGUUGGAAGCCGAAGUCGCUGCCGGUGGAGCCGGUAUGACGGUGAAGGAUAUCCGGCUCAACGGAGGAGCUGCUACUCACGUGCUGGCUUCGGAGGCACAGCCAUACAACGAUCUGGAUUUGAUCUUUGCUGUGGAGUUUAGCUCGAACCGACACUUCGAUCGUGUCAAGUCAGCGGUUUUGUCUUCGUUGUUGGAUCUGUUGCCGGAAGGAGUGGUGAGGAGGAGGAUAACGCAGUGUUCGCUAAAGGAAGCUUACGUUGGGAAGAUGGUGAAGGUAAACAACGACGGCGAUCGCUGGAGUCUGAUCUCGCUGGGAAACUCGCCAGGACACAAGAACGUCGAGCUGAAGUUUGUCGAUACGAUGCGUCGACAGUUCGAGUUCAGCGUCGAUUCGUUCCAAAUUGUGCUCGACUCGUUGCUGCUGUUCUACGAUUGUACCGAGCAGCCGAUGAUCACGGAGAAUUUCUACCCAACCGUAGUUGGGGAGUCGGUUUAUGGCGAUUUCCAGGAAGCUUUGUACCACUUGCAGAAGAAGCUGAUAUCGACGAGGCAACCGGAGGAAAUUCGGGGCGGUGGUUUGCUCAAGUAUUGUAACUUACUCGUGAGGAACUAUAUUCCAGUUGAUCCGCAAAAGAUCAAAACCUUGGAGCGUUACAUGUGCUCGCGGUUCUUCAUCGACUUUCCGGAUAUUGAACAGCAGCGGAUUAAGUUGGAGAGCUAUCUGAGGAAUCAUUUCUGGGGCGAGGUAGAGGAACAUCUGCAGUAUCAGUACCUGAUGCAUUUAUACGAGGUAGUGGAGCAGAGUACGGUCUGUCUGAUGGGUCACGAGCGUCGCCAGACGUUGAUGCUGAUCGAGUCACUCGCGAUGCAGGUGUUAUACCGGGAACAACAGCAAAACCCGGCCACCAUUAUUACCACCACGAGUGCACUGCAACAACACACGGCACUUCAGCUACAGCCGCUACAGACCCAGCUCUCUCAUCUGAGCUUACAGCCGCAGCCACACUCACCAGUUCAGCAGACUGUUAUCCACCAUCAUCAUGCGCCGGUUACGUCCCAGACGCAAACACUGCAAUUGCAGCAUCCACAGGCGCAACACCAACAGGCUGGACAAGCUCAACCGCAAACUAUCUCGCUGGCGCCGCAGCCCGCUGGUCUUCUCUACGCUAAUGGAAUCUACUAUGCUCCAGUCAUCCCAACGACGCUCUGCACCUGCAACACAACGUGGCUAACGACGUGAUCGCCCUACGGCGCAAAGUAUGCCACCAAUAGUAGCAUCAAUACCACCACAACUACAACCACCAACAAUAAUAGCAACAACAUCUGCAGCAGUAGUAGUAGCAGCAGUAGCAGCAGCAGCAGCAGCAACAGCAGUAGUAGUAGUAGUAGCAGUAGUUCAUCGCCACCGCUGCUAGUGGGAUCGAUCAUUAGCAUCACUACCACACCGAUAGUGACAACUUUUGACCCGCAGUCUUCACACUCAUCGUCAUCGCCGGCGCCGUUGUCCAUCUGCAGUACUACCGAGAACGAUUACUUUGCACUCGAUAACCACAGUCGGUAUUUUACCAAUAUUUUAGUGUCGGAUAGAUGAUUACUAGGACCGUAAGUGAGCGAGCCCACGUUUUCUGCUUUCUGCGACAGACACAGACAUAGACUUACAAACAUGAACACACACACCCACACACACUUUCGAACAUUCAUUCGGAUUGUGUCCCGUAGUAGUGUGAAUUGCUGAAACGUAGUAGGUCAACCGAAAACUAACACCACAAUCCAAAAUCGAUCAUUAUUUUAAAAAGCGCAUUUUGUAAUAUGAACUAACAAAAAUUUUUGAACACUUUGUAAGAAUAAAAUUUCAAUCUAAUAUAAAUACAAUCGAUUGAUGGUUGGAAGCUCUUGCCAAAGAAGAAAAAAAAGUAAGUGAAACAAGUUUAACGGAAACAGUGGCGUUGGCAGUGACAGGAUUUCCGUAGCUUCAAGUUUAUUAGUUUUGGUCAAACAUUCGUCGAAGCAAUAAUGGAUUGCCACCCUGUGGACUAACUUCCAAUUCUGCUAGGCACAAAAAUCAAUCUCUCACAUUUACACACGCACUCAUACGACGGUUACCGGACACAAAUUUUGUUAUGUGAUAGCACAACGCCAUCUAUGGAGAAUAAUGCUAAGCUAUACAGAAUAUUAUGCUAGCAAAUGUACAAAAUUGUAGAAACAAAAAAAAAAACAAAUAUUUUAACAAACAACGCGUACGUCGGUGUCGUCGUCGUCGUCGUGACGGCCCUCAAUGCAACCAACAGUUUUAAACUCUGUGUAUGUGUAUGUCUAUUACCAAUACAAACUAUUGUAAAUGUUUUCCCCGGUAGUUGCUAGAUACUGUGAUGAUGAUGCUUUCCACAGUAUGUACAGAAUGUGAAACAAUUAUAUACAAAGCAUGAACAAUGUGGUGCAUGAUGCCACCAAUACCACGAAUCGUAUAAAAUUUUAAUGUGGUGAUUUUACUAAUCAAUUGUCUAAACUUUUUUCCGAUUACCAGCAAAAAAAAGCAAUUUUUAACUUGUAGGUGAAAUUUAGCUUUUCCAAAACCUCGAUUUCAAUAUUAACAGAAAAAAAAUAAAACGAACAAAAAACCAACCAGAAAUGCUGAAAAUACUGCCCACUCUCCGUUGAGUGCGCCACUGUUUCACUGUUUCGAAUUGUUGAGUACCUUAACCUAGAGUGCCUAAAAAACCAGAGUGACGACAUCUCCUCCGUAAUGUUGGCAACAAUUCAAAACAUUUACUCCAUCGAAAUGUUGACAGUUUCGUUAGCUUCACAUCGUAUUCGACAGGUCGUUUGUUCGUUUGGAUGGAGCAAAGAUGCGGUCGUCACUCUGGUUUUUGAGGCACUCUCCCUUCACCGAAGCCAACCACCACCGGUCACUAUUGCGUCCCAAACGGAAAAUACUGUAGCUGUGCAAAAAACAAAAAAAACAAAGCAGGCGAAGAAAAGUGCUACCGUUGCUGCACGCGAAUUAAAAUGCAAUUUUCGAUUUCCUUUGGAAAUUAUGCAAUUCAUCCGCGCGCCACUGACGGUUUAGCUGCGGUGUUUCGGUGAAAAACGAUUGUGAGUCUAAUUUUAAUUUGCGAUAGAAGGGGAAGGAGCUAUGCUUGCUUUUUUUUUGCGUUUUACUAUAAACGAUAAUUUGUAUGGCGAUCGGAAGUGGAAAGUUGACCGGAGUUAGCUUAACGACUUUAUCGAAUCGGUUUUACCGUAGAAAACAAGGGCGUCCGAGUGGAGUUCGAGUCUUGUCGGUUUAUUGAUAUGCUAAACACUAUAGCUUCUCUGUGGUUUGUCAAUUCGCGACGAAAAAAAAAUAGAACCAUUUCAAAUGGUUCACUAUCUUCCUUUGAAACAGAACCCAAACGAGUUGCACAUAUCUAACGGAAUUCACGCAGAAGAGCUUUUUCAAUUCUUUUAAUCGAUGAAAUGUUAAAGUAACGGAACCCAAUCUCUAUCAACUUCUGAGUACUUUGUCAAAUUGUUGACACAUUUCCCCUAAAUGGUUUGGAAAGUCUCUACCGCAACUCUGCGAUCAACGUCUAUAGGACCGAUAAUUCAAUUUUAUUCGAAUUCUAUCGGUCAUAUCUCAUUUCCGGAACAUAACCGAUCGAAUGUUUGAGAUUUUAAUGUCACUCGAUCGUAGAUCACCAUUCUCUAGCUUCUCCGCUUAGUGUUCUCAUGUUCAACAUUAUAUCAUUUGGAAUUCGUACAACAUGUCCACUCUGUUAUAAUCAAUAUCAGCUUCGUUAUAAGCUCAUUUAUUACGCUGUCAGUUUCCAUUCUCAAUCUUACCAUCAAAUAUUCGAAGUGGAAUUUUGACGUGAAUACAUUUUAAUUUAGUGGGGGAUGUCCUUUCAAAGCUCGCACUUCAAAAAAGUGGAUAAAUCUUGAACGUGAAUAUCUCAUACUGCAAUGAAGGUAAAAAUGUUAAUAUUAUUUUUUUUUCGAUUACUUUACUCGGCCUUUAAUAUCUCCGGUCGUUCACCGGAUGGUGGUAAAACGUAUUUCUUGCACAAUAUACAAUUGUGAAAUAUUCUUAGCAAAUACUGCUGAGUGGUGUAAAUUUAAGAAAUAACGAGCAUCGAUGAAAAAAGAACUUUUAACGUGAGUUAAAGUUUAACGGGGGCUCGGACUGCGGUUACGACUGUUUUUUUUUCACGUUAGACUGUACACGAUGUUGUACCCAACAAUCACACAAAAACCACACAAAAUGCCUCUGUAAUCAGGGCACAUAGGAAAAUUACCGUCCCCAUCAAAUGAAAAAAAAAACUGUAUUCCGUAUCAUUCAACUGAUCCUUCUCGUCAAGGACAAACCGAAUCUAUUCAACAUCGACAGUUGCUAUUUGGCCGAUUUGUUCUGGGCACGAGUGAAAACUAUUUUCAUGUGUCGAUAUUCAGUAUAAUUUAAAAAAUAUGCAACAUUUUAUAAAUGCAAAUGUAGGAAACUUAAUUUUUUUGCCAGAGUAAAUUCAAAGUGAACUAAUCAAAUCAAGAAAUUCGAUUGUUUUUUCGCUAACGUUACUUCCGCCUUUUUUUCAAUCUGCUGUGACGCGAAUAUUUAAACAAAGCCACGCACAAUUAGCAAACGUCUUUAAUUAAUAAUGCUCACCGCGUUCUGUGGAGAGCCGUUUUUAUUGCUUAUCUCAAGAUUUUAUGUGGGAUCUUAUUUCGCAAGAAGUCUGGCCACUGGACACUGCUGCAUUAGUGGGAAUUGACGACAUCGCUCCAAGUGAGUGGCAAUUAUUUUCGUUGAUAUUGGUUGAAAGAGCAAAGCAAAGUCUUGGCAUUACAUUAUUCCUUUUGUGAAAUUUGGCCUUUUAGUUCCAACAGAGAUCGUGGUCGAUUCUUAUAGCGCGUUCAGAAUCAUUGCAUGGCCAAUACUACGCUACUACUGACACUAAAAAUUCUUCCAGAUCGGGGCUCGAGAACAUACGACAACUGGAUUGUAACACCAGCGUCCUAUGCAUUGAACUGUCAACCCGUGCUCGUUGAUAUUCCGCUGACUGCUGUAUUCAAAUCAAAGAAAUUUAGCAAAUCGGUUCCUUUUCGGACUUAUACAUUAAUUCCAAAGUGUGUCUGUUUCAAUCGUAUUCAGGGUAAUGCGGUUAUGUCUCUGACAUUACAAGGUCUCGCGCUGUUUUAAGCAAAUUUACGAAAAUGUUCGAUUUUUUAAGAGGAUUUCCGAGGGUAUGCGAUUUUUUCAUGCGGGUUUUCAAAGAUAUUCGGUUCGGAAGUUAUGCGAUUUUUUGCGCGGAUUUCCGAAGACUUGCGAUUUUUUCAUGCGGGUUUUCAAAAUACGUGGUUUUUUAUGCGGAUUUCCGAAAUUAUGUGUUUGUUUUAUGUUGCGGAUUCCUGAAGUCACGCGAUUUUUUUUGUGGAUUUCUGAAGUUACGCGGGUUUUCUCAUGCGGAUUUACGAAUAUGUACGUUUUUUUUUAAUGCGGAUUUCCAAAGUUAUGUGGCUUUUUUUAUGCGGAUCUCCGGAAAUAUACGGUUGUGUAACGGGGAUUCCGGAAGUUAUACGGGAUUUGCAAAGAAAUGCGAUUUUUUUUCAUAUGAAUUUCCGAAGUUCAUGCGGAUUUCAAAAAAUAAGCGGGUUUCCGAAGUUAUGCGAUUUUUUGGUGGAUUUCUGAAGUUAUGCGUUUUUUUCAUGCGCAUUUUUGGAGCUUUGAGGUUUUUUAUAUUGCGGAUUUCCGAAGAUAUGUGACUUUAGUAAGCGAUUUUUUUUCACGGGGAUUUCGAAAAUAUUCCGUUUUUUAUGCGGAUUUCUAAAAUUAUAUGGUUUUUUUAAUAUAGCCGAUUUUCGAAGUUAUGCGAUUUUUUAUACGGAUUUUUGAAUUUAUGCGGUUUUCCCAUGCGCAUUUCCGAAUUUAUACCUUUUCUUAUAUUGCGGAUUCCUGAAGUGACGCAAUUUUUUGUGGAUUUCUAGAGUUAUGUGUUUUUUUUUCAUGUGAAUUUCCGAGAAUAAACCGUAUUUUAUCACCCCUAUUCUGUACGUCGAUCGAUUCGAAAUAUUCCGAACGAAUGUACAAUUUCCAUUCUGCAUUCCGUUCGAGUUGGGUAUGAACUCGAAUAUCAUUCGUUCGAGUUGUUAAAUUUUCGAACAUUACUCGAUCGACUUGCGAACGUAUUACUUAUGUUCGGUUUAGAAUCGUUAUAAUUUGUUUAUACAAGUGUGACGGUUUCGUUUAAUUAAUAAUAUAAAUAAUGUAGAACGUGUAAGUAGUGUUGACAGGUUUAACAGUUAGUGUUCGAAAUUUCAAGUGUUCCCGAACGAGAGUCGAUCGAAUCAUACAAGUCGAACGGAAUAAAGAAUGCAAAAUUCGAACUCGAACGAAAGUGCAGAUUCGUUCGUAUCACAAAUCCGUCGGAUUGCAGAAUCGGGGUGUAUAACGCGUUUCCGAAGUUAUGCAGUAUGGCAGAUUUUCGUAGUUAUGAGAUUUUUUAUUCGAAUUUUCGAAAAUAUGCUGUUUUUUUGCGGAUUUCCGAAGGUAUGUGAUGUUUUCAUGCGGAUUUCUGAUGUUAUUCGUUUAUUUUUAUCGCGGAUUUCCUAAUAUUUGCUGUUUUUGAUUGCGGAUUUCCGAAGAUAUGCGAGUUUUCCAACGGAUUUCCCAAGUUGUGCGAUCAUUUCUGUAGAUUUCUGAAGUUAUACGGUUUUUCCAGCGGUGUUCUGAAAAUGUGUGAUUUUUUCAUGCGGAUUUAUGCGAGGAAAUGACUUUAAUGUUUUUUAACGCUUCAAGUGUCGAAUAGAAACAUUUAUCACCCUUCAAACAAACGUGUUGCUAAAACCAAAGCGAAUAUACAUUUCUCUAGAGACAGUUGUUUAAACAGUUUUAAACCCACACGGAACGACCGAAAUUAGCUCUGCGCCUAAUUCGUAUUACUGUUUUUGAAUUAGUUGAUUUUAACAACAAAAUUUCCAAAAUAACUAUAAAAUUAGUUAAAAUUGAGAAUUUACUUUGCUGAAAAAAACUCUUAUUUUUAGAGAAUGUGUUUAGUUGGCGAAUAUUCUGGACACAAACCAGCAAUAUUUCAAUCCAGUACGAAAUUCUCAUUGACAACAAAUUUUGUUAUUAAAAUCAGAAAAUUUGUUUCUAUUUAUCUAUCACCAUCAUUACUGAAGGACAGGACAAAGAAAACGAGGAAGGACAGGACAAAGAAAAGAGUUGAUAGAGCAUUCCUAUAAUUCUUCGUAGUUUCGUCCAUUUAUCUUUCCUCUCGUAUAUUUCUCAUUGCCAGUAAUGAACAGUGGAAACUGAGCACAGGAAGCUUCUGUUAUUUAAACACCAAACCCAAAAAAUAACCAUUUUUCCGAUUUGAUUUUGAUGAUAUUUUGAGCUUUUCAUCGAAUAUUUGGGACACUUGGUCAGCUAACUCAAGCGAACAGGUUGUUUUAUCAUCUUUUCACCGAGUCACCUUUCAACUCGCCUUCAACUUCUGUUCUUCAAUACUACAUGGAAUGAGAAGUCGCGGGCCUUACAAAGAAAAACUCGAUUUUUUACCGUGAAAACUUUGUUGUUCUUCAGUAUAAUCUCCAUCUAGAGCGAUACACUUUACCAAUCGGUCUUCCAACAUUUUUAAACCCUUAAAAAAAAAGAUUUGUCAAGGCAUUCAAAAUAAGCUUCCGUUCCUGUAAUAACCUUCGCCGAUAAUUUCUUUCCCUGGAGAAACCUUUUCAGGUUUGAAAAUUGAUAAUAGUCGCUAGGAGCCAGCUCUGGAGAAUACGGGGAAUGGUGAAUCAAUCCGUACCACAAAUCAUUUAAUUUCACCGUUGCUUUUACGCAUGAAUGUUCUGGUGCGUCUUUUUCCAUAGCUUGAUGAAAACGAGAACUCGUCUGACACGAUCAGCUGUUAUUCAAACACUAGUGGAUAAAUUGUCAAGAAAUUUGGUAUUGGACCAUCUAGAGACUUGUUCGAAACUAUUCACGUCUUUCCUGUGAGAGGCCCGGGACUGUUCAUUGCAUGUAGUAUUCCUCAAUUGGGUGGAAUUCAGGAUACGUUUUCGAAGAAAUCGAUUUUGUUUCGAUACCACUAUAUCACUACUCCGCAAUAGUGUACGCUUGCCAGGUCAGACCAAAACUUUACAGAUCCAUUUUGAGCUUUCAUGGACCGAAGGAUACACUGUUUGUGCUUGAAUCGUGUGGAAAUUCGUAGUCUUGUUUGUCACGAAACCCCGGUCUGUGAGGACGAAUCCUUCGUAUCGCGUUAGAACCUCAUUGUACAACUUCCGGGUAAGCCUUUUGCAACUAGAUUCCGUUCAAGUGCUCUGUUUGGCUACUAGCUGGCCCGAAAAGAGUUAGUUCCUUCUCGCAGACGAAUCCUGCAGAAUUCAGUUUUCAAAUUCGGAUCAAGAAUGCAGCUCCAAACUUCGGUUAUAGAAUCCAGAUCCGGAAUCAGGUGAAAAAAUCUUCAAAAUCUAGUUCCUGAGUUCAGUUACACUUCUAGAAUUGAGGAACUGAAUUUUGGAACCAAUUCUAGACCAAACCUGCAAUGCAUUUUUGGUCCGAAGUUCCCGAACUUCAGGUUCAGAUCCCAAUUGCAGAGUUCUGAAUUUGAAUUUCGGACAGACAUUCUGGAGCUGAAUUCUAGUCUGAACCUCAAUUUCAGUUCCUAAAUUCGGUUUCAAGAUUUAGAUCCAAGUCCAGAGUUAAUCCAGGUGUAGAAUCAAAAUCCUGAUCUCCGUUCUAAACUUCGAUUCCAAAAUCCAGGCUCAUAAUCAAGUUUUGAAAGUCGGUUCCAGUUCGUGAAUUCUGAAAAUCGAUUCUGACCUUGGAUUCUGUACUGAAGGCACUGAUCUGGUUUUUAGAAUAGAAAAAUAAAUCUGAUCUUUGAUUCAAAAACUAAAAUUUUGAGAACUGAACUCUAGAAUUGUAUUCUAGACCUGUUUUCUGGUCUGAACUAAACGAGCCAACUACGAAGGCUAGAUUGAAGGAAGCAUCAAAUUUUUACCUUCUUUAUUUGUAAAACUAUUUAGAAAACUUUAAUUUCGAGUUAUUCAUGAUUAUCUCACACGACUGAAAAUUCUAUCACAAAUUGCUGAUCAUAUCUCCGAUGAUGGGGAGAACCUUUUUUUGUUGAUACGUUGCAUAAAACAAAAUAAAUACACAAUCAAAAACUUAUCACUUUCACAUAUGAUCAUUUUUGAAAAGGCUCCCCAUAGUAAUGUAAGACGUAUUCACGUCAAAAUUUGCACCAAAAGCUAUACUCUUGUUGGCCAGAUUUGAACUCAUUCGCUGUCGCCGGUAGCAACAACGGGCAGCACUGCCUACUGAAUGAAUACAUAGUCAACAGAAAUGUCAACAAACGGAAAACGUCAAACAUCUGACGUACGACUGCUUGGUGGUUGGUUAUACAAUAAAAAAAAAACAAUGAAACCCAGUCAGUGAAAAUGACAAAUCAUCAAAUUGAUUGUGUCGAGCUAGGAAGAAUAUUGACGCAUUUGUUUGACAACAACAAAAGAAGAACAAACAAAGACUAACAACAGAUAAUUUCGUUCUAGUAGAGGGCCUAGUAGCGUUUCAAGAUUGUGGGAACCCAGUGCAAAUCGAUUGAUGAAAUAAGAUGAAAUGAGCUUCCAUCCAUCUUAAAUAUAAACACACUUACACA